GAAAUGUCAGCACCCUAUCUAUUACUAAGUCCACCAUGUGCUAUGUGAGCAUACGUGUGGCACGGUAGUCACGGUAUUUGUUCAAUUUCUUUCACCGAGCUCUUCAUUUCACACCAUGGUCAAUGCUGUCCUUACUACCCCAGAGCCAGGCACUGCCGUGCAGCCCAUAUACCAGUAUUCCGACGAGCAAAAAGCCCAUAUAAAGGCAUUACGGGAGUACACAGAUACCCUGCUUCUGGACCCGUUAGACCCGUACUAUAAAUGGGAGUUGCGAUGGUUGAACAAGCCAGAUACUAUGCCUCGGUACAUGCGCGCGGCAAAAUGGAAACUCCCUGAUGCGAAGCGUAGAAUAGAGGGAACAAUCAAAUGGAGGAGAGAGUUCCGACCGGAGUUAAUCAGACCUGAUGAGGUGAAGAUAGAAGCCGAGACAGGGAAAAUCCUCUUAAAUGGGUUCGAUAAAGAUGGCAGGCCCAUCAUCUAUAUGCGUCCUGGUCGCGAAAACACCGAAACCAGUCCUAGGCAGUUAAGACACCUCGUUUGGUGGCUAGAACGUGCCAAGGAUUUGAUGCCCCCAGGACAAGAGUCACUGGUUAUCAUCGUAGAUUAUAAAUCCACGACACUUCGCACCAACCCUUCGAUUUCCGUCGCCAGUAAAGUACUUACGAUACUUCAGCAACACUAUGUAGAGACUCUCGGUCGCGCAAUCGUCACCAACCUCCCAAUGCUGCUCAAUUUCUUCUACAAAGGCAUUUCACCGUUCUUGGACCCUGUCACCCGGGACAAGAUGAGGUUUAAUCCUGAUCUUCUUGACCUCAUUCCAAAGUCUCAGCUAGACUCAGAAUUUGGAGGCGAUUUUGAUUUCAAGUUCGAUCACGAGACAUACUGGAAACAAAUUGUCGAUUUCUGCGGCAUCGCUGAAGACGGCACCCGCUUAGAAGGCUACUUCGACGGACCAAAGAAUACCCAUGAAGAGCUGCCUUCACAGCAUUCCGAUUCUACCUCGUCCGCUGCUAUGUCCGUUAUGUCUGCUGUUGAGACUAAUGCGCUUGCUUCACCCGAAGUGACACCCGCUGCCCCCGAGUUAAUUGAGGCGUUACUGUCGUCCGCUUAACUGCUACGCCAAAAGGCAGUGACACUGAAAGCUUGUGUUUCAGUAUCGCGGACAGUAUCUAUGUAGAUUAUGGGAACUCCAGUAAGCCAGCGUGCUCACAAUUGUACGGUAUAUACACAGCACUGUAGUCUAACAGAGAAGCGUCUAUAUAACAGGGUCUUCGAAUCCUUGCUAUAGAUAUACUGAGCAGUCUCACCAAAUCACUAGGUAGCCUUCUGAUUGCUACAGCUCAG